CAGAAAGUUAAUUGUAUCGAAGAAGACACAAGCAUCAAUGUUCACUGACAAGCUCCGCUUGUCUGCCCUUGUCCUUUCGUAUUCACCCAAGAGCGAGCAAGCAUGGAGCCAUAGGAGGUGGGUGAUCAAGAAUAUGGCCAAAAAUCGUACAACUUUGCAAGAGAUUCUAAGGGAAGAAUCUGACCUGGUGGAGAAGAUAGCAGAGAGAUCAAAGAUGAACUAUCGUGCAUGGAAUCAUCGCUGCUGGUUGGUUUCUUACAUGGAUAGAGAACAGGUGAUACAGGAACUGAGCAAUCCAAAAUGUGGGUUGGGUUACAUGUUGCUGAUCAUUCUUGCUUUCAUUAUCGCAUGCGGCUAAUCAUCAGAAUUUUAGAGGAUUGCUGUCGUAAGCAAGAAGAGGGGUCUUGUGAUUCUUGUGUUGAAGUUUAUCUGAUCUGGCAGGAGGAGCUUGACUGGAAUGAAGAAUUAAUAAAGCGUUAUUUAGGAAGGGAGGCUCUAUGGCUCUACCGUCGCUUUCUCUCCUUAUUAUGGAUAAGACAUUUCACAAGCGAUGUCAACGAUGUGUCUUCCUCACAAAAAAGCCAAUCUAGCAUCCAAGUGAACGUCAGUGUGUUUUUGGAUAAGGAGUUGCUCCUCGUCAAUUCAUGCUCGGAAGGAAGUGAUGAUGAGUUUGAAGAUUUUGAAGAACAAGCAAUUUGUUCAGCAUCUUACAUGUUAUGGUUGACAAAGCAAAUCCCUGAAACCAAGAAGUUAGAACUGAGGGAGAAGAUAGAGAAUGAGCGCCUGGACGCCAUGUUGAAGUUGGUAUCCCUGAGAGGUCCUCCAUUUGGGGCUAUCUAAGAUUAGUAAGUCUAUUUGGCUUCCAUGUACGCUGGAAGUGGAUGGUAUUAAUUUGUUGGACGAAGUGUAAAGGUAACAAACUACAGUAACAAAUAACUGAAUAGUUGUCCACUUAAAAAUGAUCAUGAUUUCGCUCGUCUUUGUUUUGUCAAAAGACUCAAAACAUGAAUGGGCGGCGUUGCAGUUACAGCUGGAAGAAUUUAUGUUACCCCGAGUCCCA